AAUAGGUGAAGGUUAUGGAAUAAGAAAACAAAACAACGAACGAAACUAUAAAUUUAUUUCACAAUCAUUUUAAUGUAUAAAUCAAACUUAAGCAAUGUUUGGUUCCGCAGCUAAGCUAGUUUUCCUCGGUUUUAUCCUUAAACAGAUUUUGGACUAUAGGGACUGGUUGGAUUUUGACCGUGAAAUUAUUUUCUCUGUUGCUCCUGGGAAAUGCCGAAUUGUUCUCCAUGAGGGAGGCUCGGAGGAUUUGACUCAUAUUGGUAAUGGUGUCGUUGUGUUUUCAACGGGUUUAGAGGCUUCAGAAGGAUUGAUAAAAGCAGUUGAUUUAAACAAAAGUCUAGAGGCGUUUACUCUCAAUAUUACAAAUGCUCCUGCCAGGAAUGAUUUUAUGUCCAAACCCCAUGGAUUGUCCACAUGGCGAGAUCCCAAUACUGGGAAGCGAUAUCUGUAUGUAAUAUCACAUGCCACAGAAGAAAGUAUUGAAGCAUUUGAGAUUGAAGAUGAUUUGAAUUUAAGAUACCUUAAAACGUUUACAGACUCGAGUUUUAGAUUUGUAAACGACCUAGUCGUUGUCGGGAAGGAUAAGUUCUACACUUCACAAUUUGCUUAUUGUUCCAUCCAUGACGAAUCAUAUAAAAUAAACCUUGAAUGGCUCUCCCAUUGGAAAAGUGGAAAAGUGUUUUACUUUGAUGGUCACAGAGCUCGGGUUGUGGCAUCAAACCUCCGUCAACCAAAUGGAAUCAAUGUUUCCCCGGACGGAAAGGUGUUGUAUCUAGCAGAAUGGGGAGCAAAGACUUUAAGAGCAUAUAGAAGGGAAACUAGUAACAAUCUUGUUGAAUUAUGGAGUACGUAUCUUGGAACUGGUAUUGAUAAUAUCGAAGUACAACAAGACACCGGCGAUCUUUGGAUCGGAUCCCAUCCCGUUAUGUGGAAAACCAUUAGUCUUAUAAACAUAUUUGGAGAGAAACUUCCCGGUCAGGCGUUGCGAAUAAAGAUGACUGACAAUGCUAUCUCCGAGAUUGAAGAAGUUUACUCCGAGGAUGGCAAUAUGUUAUCAGGAACAUCAUCAGCAACGUAUGUCAAUGGGAAGCUAGUGAUUGGAACCGUGUCCAAGAAGGCCGCAAUAUGUGAUAUGGACUAUUUGUCAGACAAUGGUGAUUCGGAAAGUGACAAGCUUCCCGGGACAUAUAUUAACAUUUGAAUACUUGUAGAUGUUUUACUACAACCUUUGUCAAAUAACUUUUUACAUGUUUUUAUUAUCAUACCACUUAAAUAAAUGUUGGUUAAAA